AUGACGAGGUCGUCUUCGCCGACGGCGACGGUUACACAUCCUACACGACCGCCCACAUCGAGCCAGUCUCACGAUAGAGAGGAGCACAAGGUUGAGGCAGGGCGUUCGCGCGAGCUUGAAGGGCCCCAGUACACGAAAGAUCUUGGUCUUAUACCUACGCCAAAACACCUGCGAUAUGACCCCACUCGACCCCCGCACUUCGGAAUAGCACUAAACGUUGCGUUUGGAUUUGCAAGCACAUUCACUGUCGCGAAUUUGUACUAUUGCCAGCCCCUAUUGAUCCAGCUCUCACUUGCGUUCGACGUUACGUAUGGCGAGGUUUCUCGAAUACCUACUCUCAUCCAAGCUGGCUAUGCUACGGGGCUCGUCCUUAUCUCUCCACUCGGUGACCUCGUGCGGAGAAGACAACUCAUCCUUAUCCUGGUCCUCCUCUCAACCUCCCUUACAAUCGGCCUCGCGUCGACCAGCAACCUUCAAGUUUUCGAAGCCAUCUCCUUCCUGGUUGGUGCAGUCAGCGUAACCCCCCAAGUCCUCCUCCCACUGGCUGCCGAUCUUGCACCUGAGAAACGGCGUGCCUCCGCGGUCUCCGUCGUGCUGUCUGGGCUCCUUUUUGGCAUCCUGGUUGCCCGAGUACUUGCUGGUGUAAUUGCGGAGUUCCGGUCCUGGCGCGUCGUGUACUACUUCGCGUUGGGGGUUCAGGCAGUGGUUCUCGUUGGGAGCUACCUCCUGCUUCCGGAUUAUCCAUCAAAGAAUGCUGAUUUGACGUACUUCAGCAUUCUGUGGACAAUGGUGAAAUACGCCGUGACAGAGCCCAUAUUAAUCCAGGCGUGUCUUGUCAGCAUCGCGUCGAGCGCUUGUUUCAGCAACUUCUGGGUUACACUCACUUUCUUACUUGGCGAGGCUCCAUACAACUACUCAACGCUGGUCAUCGGUCUUUUUGGAUUAGUGGGAAUGGUUGGCGUCGCAAUGGGGCCUGUGGUAGGGCACAUCAUCGACCGCCUCGUUCCGUGGUAUGCCUCGCUAUUCAGCGUGGCAAUGCUCCUCAUCUUCCAAUCGAUACAACUCGGAGCUGGCGGGAUCAACAUUGGUGCUGUCAUUGUGGCCGUCCUUGGGCUAGAUCUUUUCCGCCAGAUGCUCCAAGUCUCAUUAACAACGGCGGUCUUUUCAAUUUCGGCGGCAGCUCGAGCUAGGAUGAACGCUUUGAAUAUUCUUUCCAUAUUCAUCGGACAGGUUAUGGGUACUUCAGUCGGUACCCAAGUCUUCGUUAACCAUGGAUGGCGAGCUGGCGCAGCUUUGAACAUGGGGUGGUACGGAUGGAUAGUUUUCAUCCUUCUCAUCCGCGGGCCACAUUGCAAGAGAUAUACAUGGUUCGGCUACGAAGGCGGCUUGGAAUCGAAUAAGAAAGUCGUAGAGGCGAGGAAGAGGGCAGAAGAAGAGAAGCAAAUAGAAACACGGGCUGUCGAAGAAAAGUCGUAA